UCUUCUCUCCGCUCGGUCGUCACAUUUAAAUCGGCAGUCCAAUAGUGAAUAACGGAAAAUUAGUGUUGUCACCACCCGUUUGUGAUAAAAGAAGGAAAAAUAGCUCCAAAGAAAAAAAACACCAAGAACAAGGAAAGCAUUUAUACAACUUCUCAUACCGCAGUGGUUGGAACUUAUUUUCCUUUUUUGAUCGCCACUCCAUGCAGUGAGGAAACACCAUUCCGGCAACGCGAAAUAGUGAGGAAUUAGAUUUAAUUAAUCGUUAUGCGAGUUCCCGAUAUAACGUCAACAGCUGGUUACGCUGCAAAUGUUUUUAAUCCCAUCAGCAUCCGAGACAACUCAAGCACAAGCACCUUCAUCUCAGCACUGGGAAACGAGCACAACAAGUUUGACAAUACAUCUCCAGCAGGCACUGCACACUACUACCGAGAGCCGACAACCUCAAAUUACGCAUCCACAGCAGAUGAAUUCGUGCAGAAGGCUUUAAGUUCGACGCCCACUGGAUACUCGACAACUCACACGUUGAACGAUAAUAUAUCGCACUACUGCUGCGGAGCCAUUCCAAAGAAUCUGAUCGAGAGUCAAAAGGAAGAGUUAAACGAGCACUACGACAAAGAAGCCAAUGCUAGUGGCAACACCUAUAAAAGCUUUAAGGAGAUUUUUAACACAAACAAGAGUUUUUAUGAGGACUGUGUACGAGACUUUGAGAAUAUAAAUUUACUGAAAAAUGGGGCAGAUCAUUUGAACGAUACUGAUGUCGAUCCCAUCGAAGUGAUAAACUCCGAAGAAAAUCAAAAUAGCAAUAACGAAUGUGCCCUGUAUAGUAGUAAAAAUUCCUUUGAUAAUGAUUUCAACCAAUACAGCGUUACAAAGUGUGAACAUCUGGCACAGCAGCAAAACGGCGGACAAAAGUUUCACGAAACCGUAGAAAGUCUGCAUUUGGCAGAUGAUAAUGACUACGACGACCACUCUAUGAUCGAUUUGUGCAGUGAAACUAAAUCCAAUUACGAUAGUGAUGAGAAAGACGAAGAGUUUCUGACGUCGGCAUCAUCUUCGACGGUAUCCUUGCAUACGCAGAAACAUUCCUUCUUCCCCCGAGGCAUUAUCAAUCCUAACUACCCGGGAUUUCAACACCUGGCCCACACUUUGUCGGAGCACUUUGUGACAAGCUCCCCCUCGGAUUCCUUUGAGAGUGACAUGUCAGAGUAUGAAAUGGAUCUUAGUGCAGAUAGCUUUGACAGUCUGACUGAAGACCGGUCCCAAAUCGAAUUGAAUAAUUUCAAUAACAAUACAACGCAGUCCAUUACCAUGAAUCCUUCUGGAUAUCCUCACAACCGACACGAAAACUUCGACUACAUCCAUGAGGAGGAGGACGACUUUCACUUGGUGGAAUGUGAAAAAGGACGUCACCCAUCAUUCGAUGAUGAAGCAAAUCGCAACAGCCAACAUUCCGACAAUAAGCUUUUCAAUAUUUUGGAGUUGCAGGAUGGGGUGCAGAGCAAAUUGACUCUAUUGGAAGAGGCUAAGCACGAUGAAUCACCCUUAAAAGAAAAAGAACAAAACAAAAUGCAGGUGUCUACAACACCGGACAUCCUAAUAAAAAAUCCACACAAACAUAUGGAGGCACAAUUCAAGAAAGAAAAUCGCCCCGAUUUGUUGAGAGGCGUGAGUCCCCACAACGGUAAGGAACCAACACAUCAUCCGCCGCCCAUUAUGGAUACUCAACAUCGUCCAGCUUCCACUGGCUUUAGCGCUCGCAAUACAGAGAUAAGGGAUGAAAUGUCAUUUGGCCUAACGCCCGUCGACAUUAUUGGGGACUUCGGGCAAGAGGUUGAAAGGGAAUUCGGUCUGCUUGUCAGCGGCUAUCGUCGUCUUGUGGAUACUCAAGAUAACACUUUGACUGCCAUGGAAGAGGGCGAUAAGAUCUCGGAUGCGGUGCUGUCCCUGGCAAAAGACCAAAUCAAUUCUAGCAAAUAUUUAGAGGCCUUUAAUAAACAAUGCGAGGAAACUCACCGAGCUCAGAUACUACCCGAUUUAGCCGACGACAAUGCUGUGGAUGUACCAAUGACCAUGCACAGUCCCCCCGAUUCACCUAAAAAACUCGAAAACCCUCUGGAUCAGCAAGUGUCCGUAUCCGUUCACUCUGACGGUCGUCUCAAACCAAAAUACCAAAAAUCUUCCUAUGAUGAUAGACAGCUGCCUCCCGUAGCUAUUGAAUAUAAACGUUGCCAGCUGGCAUCUCGAGCUUCUAAGAAGUCUACUGCCCACAAUGACAAACCUACAAAAAUCCAAAAGAUAAUACAUUCCAAGCCCAGCAUUGCCAGUCGUUUGUUGCACCCCAAACGCAGCAGUAAACUGGACAAAUCGGAUGGUACUUCCAGUCGCAAACGCGAAGAAGCUGAAAUGCACAAGUACCAGCAGCUGAUCAGUGACAAGGAAGAGAUCUUGAGCAACAGCAAGUAUGCAAAGCUAUCGUCUUGGGCUCAACAUUUGAAGAAUUCCGUUAAAGAUCGGGGAUCCCGCGGAAGUACGGAUCUAAUUUCACCAAGCGCUUUGGAACUCUUUGAUGCUUACAAAAUAGGUUCAGAAAUUGAUAUGGAGCAGUUACAGGAGCACUUGAAGAUGGCAAAAGAAAUCGAAAGACAGAGACGCAGUGAUCGAGAGGAAAUUCGACGCAGACUAGCUAUGGGAGCUGAGGAAAUUUGCCAUGAUCAGCAGGACAGAUCCCCCUGGAAAUCCGGAACGCAAUCAUGUUUACAAAGUGAUUUUUCCCGUAUUACAGAGAUGUCAUCAGACACAGAAAGCCAUAGCUCAGAUUCGGAGACAUGCCCCAAACUAUCGAAGUCGAAGACACAAUAUAACUUUGGAGGCACACCCGUAGCACCACCAAUAGCACAUACCACUGAAAAUACUCAAUUGCAUCCAUAUCACGGACGGCCAUUGUCCGUCAGUUGUUCAAAUAAUGUUAUCAACAAUAAUCCAACAAACAAGCAGUCACCAAAGCAGCAACAGCAAAUAUCUUCUGCCCUUUAUAGUAGCGAAGACUUGGAAUGCGACUUCUUUACCAAACAGGCCAAAUUGCAAAUCGAGGCAAGAAUGGCAUUAGCACAGGCCAAGGAAAUGGCCCACAUGCAAAUGGAGAUCGAACGCCAAAACCAAUCAGUGUCCCCAAUUACAGCUAUAAUACGCGGAUCCUUAGAAAAAGUUGGCGUUCAGAUGACUGCAGAUAAGCGUCGGGUGUCCCGUCAAAUGCUAACCGAAAUGAACAUUGCGCAAUUACAGAUUCUGGUCAAUAGUCUGCAUACACAUAUUGAAGAAUUGAAUGAAUCACUUGUAAACUAUCUCAUGGAACGUGAUGAUUUGCACGACAGUCAGGAUGCGAUGCUAGUCGACAUUGAGGAGCUCACACGCUAUAUCGGAGCAAAAGAACAUAUCGCCCAGCAAGAGCGAAUAUCAUCCCUAAAUAAAUGUUCAAAGUAGACAUGGAUGGCAUAGUUAAAGCGAAGGAGAUGAGAAUCAUAGCAAAGUUUAAAUUAUUACGAAUACUUCUUACCUAUAUUUAAAAAAUAGAUAAAGGCAAUGUUUAUUAAGUUUCUUUAUUUAAUUAUACUUACAUCAUUACUCUUAUACAUACAAAUACAUAUAUAGAUUAUAUAUAAAUACCUAUGAAAAGAUUACUUAUAAAGACAUACUAACGUACACAUAUGAUAUACACAAACGAAAACAAAAACAAAAAUACAUACACACAUACAUCUACAAUACAUAAUUAUUUCCAUAUUCAAUAUAAUUUAAAAUUAUGCAACAAAAAAACAAGGAACAACAAUGAGAAACUAUUACCAACAAGACAUCAAACCAACAUAAAUAAGACAAAUUACAUAUAAUUAGAGUGUUCUGCGAUGCAUCUCUCUUUAAAUAAAAUUUAAAUGAGUUACAUUCAAAAUUCAA